AAAAUAGUCUAUACUCUAUAGGGUUUUCCAACGUCUAGGGUUUUUGAAUAAUAACAGUCCUCUCCUCGUCUUUGCUCUGAGAAUUCCAUCCAUGGCUAUGGCUUCCUCAUCCAACAAUAAGAAACCCAAAAAAAACCAAACCCCAGAAUCGCAAUUCAACUACAACCUCAAUUUUUAUUCAAAAUCCAAAGACUUACACUCUGCUAUUUCCCUCUACGACACGGCAAUAUCCCAAGACACUCGUCUCAAUCAAUACAGCUUCAACACUCUCCUUUACCUCUGUUCAGUAUCCCUCAAUGACCCAUCGACGAAAGAGUUGGCUUUACGAUGUGGGUUUCGAAUAUUUGAUCACAUGGUGUCCAAUGGGAUCAAACCCAAUGAAGCCUCAAUCACAGCUGUUGCUAGACUAGCUGCUGCUAAAGGAGAUGGUGAUUAUGCUUUUGACCUGGUUAAAAAUGUUGGGGCUUAUAAUGAAUUGCCAAGGUUGAGGACUUACGAUCCUGCAUUGUUUUGUUUCUGUGAGAAGUUGGAGGCUGAUAAGGCUUAUGAAGUGGAGGAGCAUAUGGGGAGUAUGAGGGUGGGUUUAGAAGAGGGGGAGAUUGCGGCAUUGUUGAAAGUUAGUGUAGAGAGUAUAAAUGAGAAGAGGGUUUAUGGGUAUUUGCAGAAAUUGAGGAAGAUGGUGAGGUGUGUGAGAGGAGAGACCGCGAAGGUCAUUGAGCAUUGGUUUGCGGUGUUUGAGGGUAGUGGGGUGGAAUUGGAUGUGGAUCUGGUGAGAGAGGCGGUUUCGAGGAAUGGGGGAGGGUGGCAUGGGCUGGGAUGGAUUGGGAAAGGGAAGUGGGUGCUGAAGAGAGGGAGUGUGGAUGUUGGUGGAAAGUGUUGUUGUUGCGGGGAGCAGCUGGUUUCUGUUGAUAUUGAUGAUGAUGAAACCGAGAGGUUUGCUGAAUCUGUUGCUGGAUUGGCUAUGGAAAGGGAGGUUAAGGCUAAUUUUAGCGAGUUUCAGAAUUGGCUAGAAGAACAUGCCGACUAUGAAGCAAUAGUAGAUGGAGCAAAUAUUGGACUUUAUCAGCAGAAUUUUGCAGAAGGCGGAUUUAGCAUUUCUCAGCUUGAUGCUGUUGUAAAAGACCUAUACAAUCAGAGUGGGAAAAAAUGGCCACUUAUUAUUAUGCACAAUAAGCGUCUUCGAGCACUCCUACAGAAUCCUUCCACUAGAGAGCUGAUUCAAGAGUGGAUAGAAAAGGAUGUUCUUUAUACAACGCCUCAAGGCUCCAAUGAUGAUUGGUAUUGGCUAUAUGCUGCUGUCAAACUUAGAUGCUUGCUAGUGACAAACGAUGAAAUGCGAGAUCACAUUUUUGAACUACUAGGAAGUGACUUCUUUAUCAAGUGGAAAGAAAGACAUCAAGUUCGAUAUACUUUUGUCAAAGGGAAGCUGGAACUUCAAAUGCCACCUCUGUUUUCAGUAGUCAUCCAGGAAUCAGAAAAUGGAUCGUGGCAUGUUCCUGUAGCAGGCAAUGGUAAUGAUUCUCCUCAAAGCUGGCUGUGCGUUUCCCGGCCAAGAGCUUGUGAUGCUCUUGAAGAAGAUUCGUGCAUGGAAGGGUCAAAAGACAGUAAUGAUAUUUGCUGCAAUAGUAAGUUACUGAGCUUUGGCAGACCAGAAAGUCUUACAAGUUGCAAAAAUAAACUCCAGAGCCAAGCUUCUUUUCAAGAAUCUGAUAAUAAAAUCACAGCACUGACGUGCAAAAGGAAAGAGAGGUCCCCAUCUCCUUCGUAUCUACAUGUUCCUUGUGACCAGCGCCAUCAGUAGAAUAAAUUGGCCCGUUGUAAGCUUAUAGAAAUUUUGCACUUGCCAUGCUAUUUGGAAAUUCCCAGUGCCCACCCACCCGGUGAAGUUAAUCUUUGGCUUGUAAUUUGUAACUAGUGCUGUACUGUACACUAACAACACAUGGAAAAGAACACUCUACAGAUACCAGCUCAUUUCAUUAAUGGAGAGCGCUAUCGGUCCGGUUCCUUUC